GGCGCCGUGUGCUCCCGUCCCGGGUCCGAGCGGGCAGUGCGGGCGCGUGCGCGGGGCUCGAGCGACGGCGACAUGGGGGACCGCGAGCAGCUGCUGCAGCGGGCGCGGCUGGCCGAGCAGGCGGAGCGCUACGACGACAUGGCCGCGGCCAUGAAGGCGGUGACGGAGCUCAGCGAGCCUCUGUCCAGCGAGGACCGCAACCUGCUGUCCGUGGCCUACAAGAACGUGGUGGGCGCGCGGCGGUCCUCCUGGAGGGUCGUCAGCAGCAUCGAGCAGAAGACCACGGCGGACGGCAGCGAGAAGAGGCUGGAGAGGGUGAAGGCCUACCGCGAGAAGAUCGAGAGGGAGCUGGAGGCCGUGUGCGGCGACGUGCUGGGGCUGCUGGACAGCUUCCUCAUCAGGGGCUGCGGCGACUUCCAGUACGAGAGCAAGGUGUUCUACCUCAAGAUGAAGGGCGACUACUACCGCUACCUGGCCGAGGUGGCCGCCGGCGACAAGAAGGGCGGCGUGGUGGAGGCCUCGGAGGCCGCCUACAAGGAGGCCUUUGACAUCAGCAAGGAGCACAUGCAGCCCACCCACCCCAUCCGCCUGGGCCUGGCGCUCAACUUCUCCGUCUUCUACUACGAGAUCCAGAAUGCGCCCGAGCAGGCCUGCCUCCUGGCCAAGCAGGCCUUCGACGACGCCAUCGCCGAGCUGGACACGCUGAAUGAGGACUCCUACAAGGACUCCACCCUCAUCAUGCAGCUGCUCCGGGACAACCUCACGCUCUGGACCAGCGACCAGCAGGACGAGGACGUGGGGGAGGGUGACUGACGGGCGCGGCCCUCGGAGGAGAAGCGGCAUUCCUGUGCAUGCAGAAGGGGAGCCCGCCCGCCCCGUCCCGGCACCGGGGGACGCACCCCACCUGCUUGGGCAGUGGGCCCGGCUCUGGUGUGUAGUCGCCGUGUCCUCCCUGAGUUAUGAGUGCAGACCCCAUCUAUGCGUCUAAAGCACUGAGCUGUGACCCAC